GGUACGUGCGUUGUUAUUCUUUAUAAGUGUUCAAUCCUAUGUAUGAUGUGUAUGUGUUUAAUGAUUUUACUUUAUUUUACACAAAGAGGCGAACACAGAAGUCCCGCGAGUCAGGUUGGAAAACCCCGUGUUGGGUAAGAUCUGUAAUAAUGAGAUAUUUAUCUGUUAUGUUUAAAAGCGGUUUAAAAUGUUUUCUUAUGUAUUGUGUUCGUUUGUUUACUGUUCAAGGCUUGUCAAAUCUUGUAAACAAGAUCGCUGCACCCGAGUUCAAAAAUAGUGCUGCGGUAUCCAAUGAACGCGGUAUACCAACGAGCUCUGGAAAGGCCAAGCGUAAAACAGUAGCUCAGGUCCACAGCGUGGGUGUCGCUACGUCUAAACGUAAACGAUCAAGAUCUCCCCCACGAUCGACAGACGCUGUGAAUGAACCGCGCGCUAUAGACUCUUGUUUGAACUGGAAUCAGGAGCUGUUUGAUUCGUGGGACGCCUGUGUAUUUACCCCGGUUCCUGGAGACGAUCUGCCUUCAAACCAAGAAGCAUUUGGUCGCGAGGCUACUGUUGUUAUAGACAAUAACAGAGACUUGGCGGAGGUGAUACGAACCGGGUUCAAGGUCAUCGAGGAUCGUAUUGCUGGAUUUGAAAAGACUUUUGCUAGCGUCACCGAGCGUCUGGACGUUAUAGAGGAGAAUCAGUGUCUUUAUAAUCAAAGUGUUGUGGAAACAUUACAAAACCAUACCAUCACACAUAAACAAAUCAUAGCAACCCAGAAGCUUCUUGCUGGGGAGAUUCAUCGCGUUGAUCACAAUCAACACCUGAUGACGGAAUUGUUAAAACAGUUUGUACAGUUGGUUAAAAACAAGAAACUCGGGUGAGUUGUACAAUAAGUAUUUUAUACCCCUGUGUGUGUGUGUGUGUGUGUGUGUGUGUGUGUUUAUUUGCUGGUUUGUAUCUGGUUUACUGUGUGUGAUAUUUUUUGCUAGUUUUUGUUUCAAUUAAAAAAAAAAAGUCUGUAAAAAUGUCAAAGCGGUGUGGUGAAAACUCGUGUAAUGUGGGAGCAGCAAUUAAAUUUAGAAGAUGCGACGACGAUGGUCUGUGUACUUUUGAACAGCGUGGCAAUACAGAGACGUU